AAUAUUCCCCCAUUGAUUUACAAAAAUCCAAUUAGAAGAACCUCAAGAAGAUCUACAAUGUAUCUUGGUGUCAGAAAAAGACCAUGGGGAAAAUAUGCAGCUGAGAUUAGAAAUCCAUUUACCAAAGAGAGACAUUGGUUAGGAACAUUUAACACUGCAGAAGAAGCUGCAAUAGCUUAUGAUAUUUCAUCUAUUAAUAUUUGUGGCAUUCAUAAUGCUAGAACUAAUUUUCAUUAUCCUUUUUUAUCUAAUUAUUUUCAACCUCCUCUAUUUUUGCCUCCUCCACCUCCACCACCCGUCUCCGAAUUGGAUACUAUUAGUAAUUUGAAGACGAAUGUCGAUGUUGAUGAUGAAUCUCUUGUUAUUGCUUCCAUCUUGCAAAGUUUUUCAUGUUCUGGUAGUUAUUCUUUAUAGUUAUUAAUUUCCAUUAUGAGAUCUUUAAAAUGUUGAAUCAAA